ACAAAGCAGAACACAGUCGAUGAACCUUUGGCUAGUAGAAUAGCAGCGAUGAAGGGCUUCUUUCUUCUUCUUCUUCUGCUGGCACCGGCGGCAAACUGCUGGGUUAUCGACAAGUGUGCGUUGGCUCAGAAGCUGAAAGAAGGGGGCGUUAUCGGCAUCAAAAAUUACAAAUUAGAAGAUUAUUUAUGCUUGGCCCACUAUGCUAGUGGCUACGACACAUCGAUGCAUACUAGCCGUACGGAGUAUGGCAUCUUCCAGAUCAACAGCUUCUGGUGGUGCACUGACGGAAAGACCAUCGGACGCAAGAACAUAUGCGGAAUGCGCUGCUCAGAUCUGUUGGAUGAAGACGUUACAGAUGACAUAAGAUGUCUUAACAGGAUUGUAAGAGAACCCAAAGGACUGGAAUCUUGGAUUCCUUGGGAAGUUUCCUGUAAAGGAAAAGACGUAAGCAGUUUUUCCGAUGGAUGUUAAUUGGGAACCUGCUAAAAAAAACCCUGAAAAUAAAUAAAUUGUGUUUCGACUGACUUCUCUGCCCAUGCUUUCCUUACACCAAUAAAUGCGAUCCUUGGCAAAUGGUUUCCAAUUCAGAA